CUAUUAACUGCAUCAACUACUCGAACUAGGUGAAUCGAUUAUAACACUACGUGCUAAUCCGUCUGAAGUGGUCAAGUGACAAAACAUAAAAGAAACGACAGACAUCUUCAAGGAUUUAUUUAUUCGUUCAUUUAUUGUGAGAGUGUUACCAUCUGUGUUGACUUUCUCCACCAAACAGCGAUUGAUUGUAUUCCUGUGACAGGGUUUCAUAUCUAUCUUAUAGUUUUCUAGAAUCUAAUCAUAUUAAAGCAACGUAUUCCCUACAUCGUUAAUGUAAUACUAUCAACAGCAACAACAACAGACAGUAGAGGGUUUUUAUGUGGUCAAUCUGUCUGUUAGAAAUAACAGCCAGAUCUCUUGCGAAUUACGUUCUACAGUCUUUGAAAAUACAAGGGACGGACACAUUGGAUAACACAGUUUUAUAUACUCACUCAGGGCUGACCUGGGGCCAAACAACUACAGCAGCAAACAUUACGAUUUAUUGAUGUGGCUAAAUACAACACAUGGAGGUUACUGCUUGGUUUAAAAACGUUCUUUUUACAGGAGUAGUCAAGAGAGUGGAGCUUGCUCUGAGUCCAGGGGAAAGAUAUCCAUAACUUAGUAAGUGACAACGAUGACAACUACACUAAUAAUAAUGCUGACGAUAAUGUUGUUAUUGAUGUAAACCACGGAGUCCUACUUAACGUUUUAAAUGGAGUCCUACUUAGCUUUCUAAAUGGAGUCCUAAUUUUACGAAAUGUAAUUGGGACACGGAUUAAUUGCGCAGUGAUGCCUAUGUCCAUGUAUACGUAUAUACAUAUAUGUAUUUAUAUAAAUAUACAUGUAUAUUCAAACUCAACUGAAAAUAAAGUGAAUGUUAAGGUCUUCCUCGGAGAAAUAAACUGUAAGGUCACAAGUGAUAUGGGAUUCGUUUUCAUCAAUUUGAGCCUUAAAUGUGCAUCAUUAAUGGAAUAAUUAUUCAUCCGGAAAUAGACGUUUGGUGAGAACAAUGGGGAACCAAAUCGUGACAUUUUCUGAAGAACAGUUAAAUGCUUACCAGGAUUGCACAUUUUUCAACAGAAAAGAUAUUUUAAGGGUAUUUGGACGUUUUAAAGAACUUUCUCCGGAUACCGUUCCAAUGAAAAUGACUACUAAAGAUGCUACCAGUUUAAAAAUUCCUCUUGAAUUAUUGGAAAAGCUGCCUGAGUUCAAAGAGAAUCCAUUUCGUCAAAGAAUUUUCCAAGUGUUUUCAGCAGACAAUUCAGGAAAUUUAACUUUUGACGAAUUCCUCGAUUUGUUUUCUAUUUUCUCCGACUCGGCACCAAGGGAACUAAAAGCAUCAUACGCUUUUAAGAUAUAUGAUUUUGACAAUGAUAAAUCUCUUGGAAAAACAGAUUUAGACAAAACACUGGAAUGUCUGACUCGCAAUGAAUUAACAGAGAAGGAAAGAGAAAUUAUUGUAAAUAAAGUGUUGGAAGAAGGAGACUUUGACCACAAGGGAAAACUGUCAUAUGUAGAAUUUGAAUAUAUAAUAUCAAGAGAUCCUGAAUUUUUGAACACUUUCCAUAUUCGUAUUUGAAGAGGAGAGAAAUCCAGAAGAUUGCACUAAUUAACACAUAAUAAGAGGGAGAGAGAGAGAAAGAGAGAGAGAGAGAGAGAGAGAGAGAGAGAGAGAGAUGAAGAAGAGGAAGAAAUGAAUAUAUUCUACACUCCACAAUCAUGGUGACGAUGAUAGUGAUGAUGAUGAUGAUGAUAGUGAUGAUGAUGAUGAUGAUAGUGAUGAUGAUGAUGAUGAUGAUGAUGACAACAACGAUGAUGUUGAUGAUGGCAGUGGUGACGAUGAUGAUGUUGAUGGUGAUAAUGGUGAUGACAAUGAUAAUGACUAUGAUGAUGAUGACGAUGAUGUUGAUGAUGGCAGUGGUGAUGGUGAUGAUGGUGAUGACGAUGAUGAUGAUGAUGACGACGACGACGACGACGACGAUGAUGAUGAUGAUGGUGAUGAUGAUGUUGAUGGCCGUGGUGACUAUGAUGUUGUUGGUGAUGACAACAAUGAUGACAAUGAUAAUGAGGACUGUUGUGGUGAUGAUGAUGAUGGUGGAGAAGAGCAGGAUGGUAAUAACACUGAUUUAUCCCAUGUGCAAUAAAGUAUUCA